AUGACCCACGACUACGGCUCCGACACCUCCUGGCUCUUUCAGAAGAUUUGCAUCAGUUUUUCCACUUGGGGUUAUGCUAUUUUCGCCGCCAAUCUCUUCGGUCAUGGAAGAUUCAAUGGUCUCCGUUGCUACUUAGGUACUUUCCACUGGAGUGGCCGUAUUGAAUCAUCACCGCCAUCGACAUUGGAGUUCCAUUGGGAAAAAGAAGACAUAUGUCACAAUACCUUUGAAAACGAUGAAGAUUUAACUCCACCUCCAGUUCCUCCUAACACAUUAAAGAAAAAACGACGAUGCAGAAAAAGGAAAACGACGCCGAAAAAUUGGAUGAGCACCUCGUCGGUCGAGAGCGGAUUCUUUACCAGCGGAAGCUUUGAAGACUUUGGUAUUAACGACAGAGAAACGGAAACCCUUGUUUCAUCUUCGAGGAGCUUCUCUAAUGAUUCCCCCUCAGAGAUGUUCAACACCAACUUAAAAAUUAUACUGAAAACAAAGCCUACGAGGCAAAGCAAGAAGAAACCUAAGAAAAUUAAGAAGACAAGAAGGUACGCUAUAAGAUUUUCGUUAUCGGAGAGCGAAUCGCCAGCAAGGUUGUCGAGCUUCUUGCAAUGGAUGAUACUGUGCACGGUGGAUGGCAGAGUGAGGGAGAGUUUUGUGGUGGUGAAGAAAUGA